CUCCGUGUGUCCGAUCCAGCAGCGCAGCAGCGUCGGCGUUCAGAAAUCAUGGCAAAGGGACGCGGCUUUACCCUGGGACAUACUCCAGCAUCUGCAGCACUGUCACUUAAUCUCGCUCUUCUCUUAUUCGUCUUUACCGGUGUGUGCAGUAAUGAGGUGUUGGUUCCAGAGAACAUCCGAGCGGUACUGGGGAAGAACGUCACGCUGAGCUGUAGGGUGGAGGUGGGCGCCAACCUCAGUCUUACCCAGAGUUCGUGGGAGCGGCGCCUGGCCACGGGAAUGGCCACCCUGGCUGUGUUCAACCCUCAGUUUGGCACGUCUGUAGCGGAAGAGUACAGGAAUCGCAUCCACUUUGUCAGACCGUCAGUGGAGGAUGCCUCUAUAGUUCUGCAGGGAGUGGGCUUCGAAGAUAUCGGAUCCUACACCUGCAAGGUGGUCACUUUUCCGCUUGGCAACACGCAGGCCUCUACAACUAUGGACGUCAUGGUCGAGCCAAAGGUGUACAUGUCCGCAAGUUCUGCUCCACUGGUCGACGGUGAUGUGGACAGUGUAGUGGCCACCUGCACAGCUGAGAGGGCCCGUCCGCCAGCCGAAAUAUUAUGGGUGUCAGACCUGUCUGGACGUUCAGAGGAGAUUGUCCAGGACGAGCCUAAUGGCACCACCACCACGCAUGUGCGCUACAUCUGGUCACCUUCCAGCCACGCACUCGGCCACACCCUCACCUGUGUGGUCCGCCACCCAGCCCUGGACAUGGAGUUCCGCGCCCCCUAUGUCCUCAACGUGCAAUUUGCUCCAGAUGUCAUGGUGGUAGGCCAGGAUGAGAUUUGGUAUGUGGGACAGGAAAACGCGAGGCUGGACUGCAGAGCGAAUGCCAAUCCUCUUCCUCAUCUCUUCCUCUGGACCAGGGUGGACAUGCAGAUGCCUGCCGGAGUCCAGACAGCAAAUGGGAGUUUGGUCUUUACUCGUCCUUUGCGGAGAAACGAUUCCGGAACAUACCGGUGUGAGGUUCGGAAUGAUGUGGGUCUACGCUCUCAGGAUGUACAGAUCAGGAUACGAGAGCCACCACCCACUACCACCGUCCCCACCACCACCACCAGUGAGGCCGUCGUGCUUGGCUCCUCUAGCACAUCUCCAACCCAGCGCCACGCCCACUUUACCUCCCCGACGCUGGCCUCUGUGGCAGAUGGCACCGUGGGCACCGUGGUGGGCGGGGCCGUGGGCGGCAUCCUGCUCCUGGCGCUGCUGCUUGGACUGGGGGUGCUGUGCUACGUGCGUCAGCGGCGCACCUUCCGCGGCGACUACUACACCAAGCAGUACAUGGGCCCAUCCGACAUGCAGAAGGAGUCGCAGCUGGAUGUUCUCCAGCCGCACGAGCUGCAAGACGUGUUUGGAGACGACUCUGGCAAGGGGAGCCAGGACCUGAAGCCCAAGCCUGAGGGAGACGUCAUCUACCCUGAUUACACCAAAGACGAAGGCAGCUGGGGCGACAGCCUCCAGAGAUCGUGCCCUUAUUAUUCCGACCACCACAGCCACCACAACGUUAACCCAAGCGGGCCUCCUGUCCACGGCCCCACGCUGAACAAUGGCACCCCCUACCUGCAAGACAGCUGUUUCGAUAACGGCACAGACUGUGAUUACGUUUCUCACACAGACGGAUCCGUGAUCUCUCGCAGGGAAUGGUACGUGUAAAAGCAAGAAGAAGGAGGCACUGUUGGAAGACGAUAAUUUAAAAGGAAUAGAGAACUCAGUACUACCAAACUUGUAAAAACACAAGAGGAAUAAACUGUAUAUCAUGCAGAUGAAAAGAUGUAUUAUUUUGUAGCUAUCAUCUUGGAAGGACAUUUGUCUUCAGUGGAUCACUAAUCCAUAGUAUACGCCUGUUAUUUUGUAUUUUAAAUGCAAAGGGAGAGGCUUGUGUGGUUAUGAUCACAGGGUAGCCUGAAGCAAUGAAAACAAAUUUGCUAAAAUUGAGCUACUCUGUGUGUACAUAUCCCUGCCAGACACCACUCUGCAUGUGAUUUCAAGUUCUAAACCAGGUGGAAUAUAUUCCCUGCUCUUUUCAUGUACCCAUAAUACUACAUUGAUUUAUGUUUAGUCCUUCAGACUUCCUUUAAUAUGCUUUCUAAGCAAGGAGAGCUGCUUUAAUGUUGCAUUGAGAUGUAACUAGCUUCUAUUAUUUCUCAACUACAACUAGUCUGUGUCUUUCCACCAGUGUUCUUAAUAUUGCAAACUCUUUGGAGAGUUUGAGACUCUGUUCAGCAAAAGAAUUUGUCUGGAGGCUGAAAUUUUCAGUUCCACUGGACUGUAAAGAGAAAGAGAAUAUGUUUCUGGUUUUGAUUUGUAAUGACUUUCUGUUUUUUCUAUCUUAUCCAAAAUGUCAAAUUCUGCUAUUCAGGAUGGGGUGAUUCUCUUACUUGUUGAAAUACAUAUAUGACAGUAACACCUACAGACAGGUGACAAAGGAAGAAGAUAAAGUGUCUUAGUGUCUAAGGUUUCGGGCCACUACAAGCCACCAGUAGAGCUUCAGCACAUCUUGGCAUAGAUUCUGCAAGUCUCUGGUACUGGAGGGAUGGCAUGUCAUUCUUCUAAAAGACAUUACUGAAGGAUGGUGUUUUGAUGGAGGUGGUGGAGGGUGGUGUCUAAUAUAUUGAUCUAAAAUCUCCCAUGCACUCUCAAACAAAGUGCCAAAAAAGGUACCCCCUUAAGAGUUUUUAGGCAACCAAAAGUGGUUCUUCUAUGGCAGUGGUCACCAGCCCUGGUCCUGGAGAUAUACCUUCUUGUAGAGUCUAGAUCCAACUGCAAUCUGUCACACCUAAGUUCUGGUUGCAGGUUGGAACUAAACUCUGCAGGAAAGUAGAUCUCCAGGAACAUGGCUUGUGACCACUGAUGGAUUCAUGCAAAGAGAAGUGUAGAGUUCAACUGGGCUGUGAUCUGGCCACAGCAGACAAUUUACAAUGAUCAUUUUCAAACUCUUCAGUUCAUUCAGUGAGCCCCUGUGCUCUGUGGAUGGGGCAUUGCCAUCCUGGAAAAGACCACUCCCUUCAGGACAGAAAAGUUUUUUCAUAGGAUAAAUGUGGUCAGUCAGAAUACCUUGCUGAUUUGCAGUGUUUUUUCACUCUAAGAGGACAAGCGAACCCAAACCAUUCCAGCAAAACGCCCCCCACAACAUAACAGAGCCACCGAACCCCCUUAUUAUAGGGUUUAAGCGUUCAGGCCUGUACCAUUCUCUUGGUUUACACCACACAUGCACCCAUCCACUGAGAGUACGGUGAAGAACAAAUCAUCAGACCAUUUCACUUUUUUUCCACAUCUCUGCAGACCAGUGCCCGUGGUUUUUACACCAUUGUACUCUCAAAUCUGCAUUUGUCUUUGUAAAGAGGGAUUUAUGCACCUUAACCCUACUGUUGCUGUUUGUAACUGUUCCUAUUGAAACACUUGCCAGUUGAGCAGUCUUUGUGAGUCAAGCUCCUGCCAUCCAAGAAUAAACCUUUAAAAGUCCCAUAAAUCUUUUCCUCUUGCCAUCUUGAUCCAAAAUUUAGGUCAGCUGGGCCUGCUCAGCAUUUUUAUACAUGCCACAGAGCAUGUAGAAUGUUAACUGCUUAAUUGUGUCAUGCAUUGCACCUGUGUGGAAGAAUCUACACUUCUUCAUUCACUUUGUCACCAAAUGUAUGUCAGUAAAUGUCCCCUAAAAUAGGGAAAGCCUGAUGCAUGAAGUAUCAGACAAUAUGAGUUCACUUUUUGCUCAUCUUUUUUAAAUGGGUAAGUUAGCAGAUUAGUUUGCAGAUAGAAGCGAACAGUUCAAGUCCUUCCAUCAGCAGCAAUAAACCACAAGUUUAUUUAGCUUGAGAGAAGCCAUGGGGAGGAGGAUCCUGACAGCAGCAGAUCUAAAAGAUCAUGAGUAGCAACAGAAAGUCUACUAGCACUUGUGGCGUUUGUAGCCUGUCACUCCGUUUGAUUCUGAUCUCUUCUUCUUUCUUGUUUUUCCUUCCUCCACCCUUGCUGUCCAUCCACUCCCAUUCAUUUGCUGAAAGGGUUUGUGUUUCCAAGAGCACACCACUUCUUACACCGCACAUCUGCUGCAUGUGCCGCCCAGACUGCGUCUCAAAGUUAGGCCUCACCUCAAAGAUCCAGCUUUUUAAUUAAGGCUCACCCUCCCCAAUCGAUGCUUUCAAAUCAAGCUUUAUUCUAGUUCAACCUCAAGCAUGGGCUGGGCAUCUGUAUGCAAGUGCACACAAGAUUUUCUUACAGUAACAAAUAUAGCUUGGACAUCUGUUUUUAAGGUGGCAUAAUUUGACCAUUUCUGCAUCGGAAGGCAUUAUGUGUCCUUUGCGUAUUACUCAGUUUCCUGAUUGCUAAUCUGAAAAUAAGCACUCCCUGCAGUUCAUUAGAAUUUCAUUUGUCUUUUGUAAUGAGGCUCGACUUACUUUUGUAAAAUUAGAACGCUUCAAGAAAUGUUUGUGUUUGACUUCAUUUUCUUUUUUGGAAAUGUUUUCACUUAAUUUAAACUGUACACAGAAAGAAAAAAGUGUUAUUUAUAUAUGUUUAUCUGUUCUUAUCCAGGAACAAAAAGGUAUUACCAGAUUAGUGCCUUGGUUAGUGGGAAAAUCAUAGUUUAUGUUUAAUGUAUGAUUGUGUUGGUUUUUUUUUUAUUAUUAUUAUUAUUUGUAUGUUUUUUGCUUUUGUUUUUUGGUUGUUCUGAUGUAGUUUGUUGAACGUUUGUUGAAGUCUCACUGGAUAUUUUGUACAGCAGUACUGUGUGCAGUACUUGGUCAGCCAGUUAUAGUAAAUAUUCUUGUUUGUAAAUAUGUUGGCGGGGAUUUAUUUGGCCUUGGAAUAAAUCUUAUUUUUCUAUGAAGUCAGAAGAACUUGCUCUGAGGAUGUGAACCCUUGUUUUCAUGUUCUUUUUUAUGUUCUUUUCAAGAGUUGAUUAUUUUGUACAUAGUAGCCUUAUGCAAAUGACUGAUGUCUCACCAAUCAUUUUGAGAAUGAGGGACAGAUUCACUUUGGUUUAAAAUGUCUUCUGUUUCUAAUAAAAAAUGUAUUCUUUGA